AUGGAGCCACUACUUCGGCCGCUAUCCGUGCAAGCGUCUCCUUCAGCUGAAGAAAUCUUUACCUUCACCAUACCUCAAGAGAUGUAUGAGGUAUGCGACAUAAUUCCUGGAGAGAUCUUAGCAUCAAUCAUCAGCUCGAAACCUGACGCUCUGGUUAAAGUUUUCGACACCAAUAAAACUUCAUACGCUAGAUGGAUGAAUCAUGUGGUUACUUCUGACAUCGUAAGGGAGAAAAACUGGAAAACGUCUAUGUAUUGGGUGAGAGACCAAGGAACUCAUGAGACUGGUUGGGCUAUUACAGCGGCAGAGCUCAUAAGCGCAGUGAGAUACAUCUUGCGACAUGAUGCAGAGUACGUCGACUACUCGGCUCAGUUCCUGGUGGAUUUCGCAGACAGGGAUAAGGCAACGGAGAGAUACAUGAAGGAUAAGCUGCAUUACUGCUUCAAAUAUUCUGUCGCCAAGGCUUUGGAGUUUGUAAAGGAAGCUGGUAUUCCACAAGCAGGACACUGGAAGUAUGUCGGAUGCAGACCUCAGGGUCUGCCUAUUUACAGGGCAGGAAGUCCUCAUGUUUACGUAAACUCUUGUGUGGAGAUCUCUUCCAUACGUGAGGCAUUGCCUUAUUUGGAGUUUCAUCCAAUUGCAGCGUCAUUGGCUCUCUUUACACCAGACUAUUACAUUAUCAAAGACGGAAUUUACCGAGGACCUAUGUACAAAGAGUCUGUAUACGAAGGGUUUGAAUGGGUCAACAUUUAUGCUGUGAUAGAGGAAAAUGGAGAAACAAUUGCACUUGUCAAAGCUCCUCAUGGCACAUUACUAGGAGACGAAGGUUACUUUGGCGUUUCUGUUGAUGUGGAGAUGGUUCAAGUGCCAUGGGAGGGACAAGAAGGUCAUCCAAACUUCGGAGCACCAAGGCGUUUACUCUCCGACUUUUCUUUUCCAACAUUUGCAUGA